AUGAGCGACGUGCUCGCGGAAGCGUGCCGCGCUUAUAGUCCGGGCGAAGUGUCGGUCGGCGCCGUCCUGGUGUGCAGUUCUGGGGCCGUCCUUUCCGCGGCACACAACCUCAUCCAGUCGCUGCACGAACCCACUGCGCAUGCCGAGAUCCUCUGCGUGCGCCACGCUGCCGCCGCCGAUAGCAACUGA